AUGGCGGCGGACGCGGACGUCGCCGCGCUGUUGAACCACGCGCACGCGACGCCCGCGGUGACGCGCGUCGCGAUCCGCGGCGUCGUCGAUCUCCUCGUCGCGCGUUCCGCGUCGCUCUCGGACGCGACGAAGAUUUUGCGGCGAUGCCUGAGUCGCGGCGCGCCGAGCGCGGCGGUGGACGAGACGUGCGCGGCGACUGGACGCCUCGUGGAGAGCGGCGCGUUCGGCGCGGACGAGCUCGUCGGCGAGCUGCUCGCCGCGCUCGCCGCGCUCGCCGCGGAGGGCGGCGGCGGCGACGCCGCCGCCGCGACGUCCAUCGUUCGCGGCAUCGGGUGCGUCGUGAUGGCAGACGCGUCGUCGUCGUCGUCGUCGUCGUCGUCGUCGUACCGCGACAGCGGUCCCGCGCACCCGCUCUCGCGCGCGCUCCGCGCGCACCCCGCCGCGGCCCCCGCCGCGGCCCUCGCGUGCGUCACGAGCGCGCUGAGCGCGCGCGGGGGCGGGACGGGGACGGGGACGGGGACGGGGACGGGGACGGGGACGGGGACGCGCGCCGGCGCCGGCGUCCCCGCCGUCGUCGCGCUCGCGGAGCUCCGCGGGUUCCUCCGGCACGCGCUGCUGAGCGAGGGGGGCGCCGACGCGGCGACGGCUGACGUCGUUCCACAUUCCACAUUCACGCCGUCGUCGUCGUUCCGCGCGUUGCUUCACGCGCGGUUGACGCGCGUCGCGUGCGGCGCGCCGUCGGCGGCGUCGGCGGCCGUCGCGGAUCUCCUCGUCGGGUGCCUCCCGUGGUACCGGUACGCGCGCGGCGACGCGGCCGCGCGCGCGUGGGUCGCCGCCGCCGCCGCGGACGUCGCGGACGCGGUCGACGCCGCGUCGCGGUACGAGCGCGAAGCGGCGGCGGGAUGUGGAACGUCGAUCGUCGCGAAGGCGAAGGCGCUCGCGGGACGCGCGGCGACGGCGACGGCGGCGGCGUGUCGCGACGCGUCGCGCGCGGGCGACGACGUCUCGCCGUUGCUCGGCGUCCUUCGACGGCUCUUCGCGAUUUGCGUCGCGGGUGCCGACGAGGGUGGUGCCGACGAGGGUGCCGACGAGGGUGCCGACGACUUCGACGCCACGGCGGUGGCGUGCGACCUCGCGUCGUGCCUGCCGAGCGCGACGGAGAAGAGCGCGUCGGCCGCCGCGGCGCUCGCCGCGACGUUGGCGCGGUACUUCGCGGGGCCCCGCGACGGUUCGCAUCCCCGCGACGGUUCGCAUCCCCGCGCGGGCGGCGCGGUCGCGGCGCUGAUCGCCGCGCGCGCGUCGUGCGCGCUCGCGCUGCCGGCGGGGCAGGGCGGGCGCGUCGCGGCCGCGCUGGCGACGGAGCCGGCGCCGGGAUUCAGAUACUCUCAAUCGUCGUCCGAACGCCGCCGCGCGGGCCGCUGCGCGACGAUCGACGCCGUGUUCGUGGACGCGAUGCGCGACACGUGGCGCGACGACAGCCAUCCGAUCGCUGUCGCGCGCGCGCUGAGCGCGCUCGCCGCGGACGGCGCGUCCGAGCUGUCGGAAACGUCGGAGAAACGUCGCCGCCGCGCGCGGCGGAGAAACGCCGCCGGGGACGACGACGACGACGCGGGGUCUGACCCCGCGGAUCCGUAUGCGUCCGUCCACGCGUCGGGCGCCGCGUCACCGCACGCGCCGCCGCUGCUGCCGCUGAUGCUCAUGUCGCACCCGAGCGCGCGCGUGCGCGAGGCCGCGGCGAGGUCGCUGAGCGCGCGCGUUCGCGCGAUCCCGACGCGCGCGCCCGCGUCGGCGCCGGCGUUGCUACUGCGCGUCGCCGCCGCGUCGAGACGCCGCGACGACGACGGAUCCGUAAAAGACCCAAACACAGAAGACGACCAUGGAUAUUAUGGUUCAUCCGUGAAUGAUGAUAACAUCCCCCAUGAAGUCGCGUCCGCGCGCGCGCUUCUGGAGACGCUGCGCGCGGCCGCGAGCGGCGCGGCGCACCCGCUCGGCGCGCCCGUGGCGUUGAAGACGCUGGCGCCGCUCGUCGCCGCGUCGGGCGCGUUCUAUACACUGGUCCCCAUACGACCGCACGAAAAAACCGGCGCAGGCGCGGACGCGCGCGCGCGCGCGCUGUCCCUCGCGCUGCUCGCGCGCCUCUGGAGCCACCACCGCGGCGCGUUCCCGCGCCUGAAAGCCGCGUGCGAGCGCGCGAGCGCGAGCCGCGUCGCGGACGUCGUCGUCGGCGCCGCGAGCGCGUGCGCGUUCGCCGCCGCCGCGGACCCGAGCGCCGCGACGGAGCUCGUCGUCGCGUUGAAAACUUUUUUGACGUCGCCGACGGCGCCGCCGGCGGCCAAAGCGCUCUCGCUCGAGGCGAUCGCGUCCAUGUGCGACGGCGACGCGCUCGAGUUCUACGCCGCGUUCAAGGUGGUCGCCACGAGGGGCGCGAUGCCGUCGCUGCCGAGCGAUCCGAUCGUCGCGUCGCGGUGGACGGCGUUGCUGGGGAGAGGCGCGACGGACGCGGCGGCGUUUCCCGCCGCCGCCGCGUCGUGCGCGGACGCCGCGUUCGGCGCGCUCACCGCGGGUCUGGACCAACCGGGUCCGGGCGACGACGACGACGACGGUGAGAACAAAGAGAAACGCGCGAGGGCGUGGGUCGCGACGCGGACCGCGGCGUACGCCGCGCUCGGCGCGUACGACCCGGUCGUCGUCGUCGAGGGGGUGUUCGACGACGACGACGACGACGACGAGAAGGAAAAAGAGAAAGAGACGGACGGUCGGCGCCGGCGCCGGCGCGUCUCGUCCGCCGCCAUCGCGGAGGCGAUGCUCGACGAGCCGACGCCGUUCGGGGACGUCGUCGACGCCGGGAUCGCGACGGUCGUCGCGCUCGCGCGAUGCGAGAGCGAGACGCUCGCGAGGGCCGCGCUCGCGCCCGCGGCGGCGCGCGGCGGCGGCGGCGGCGGCGGCGGCGCGAGCGCCGCCGUCGCGUCGCUCGCCGCCGCCGACGCGACGUUACAUCGCGCGCUGCAGGCGAUCCCGCGGCGACUGCGAACGAUGCCGUCGCUCCGCGGCGGCGCGAAGCGCCCGUCGUCGUCGUCCGGGAGCGAGGACGCCGACGCGAGCGCCGCGGAGAUUUGCCCGGGCGGCGCGGGCGCGCAUCUCUUCCUGUUCCGUCCGCGCGUGCCGCCGCCGACGUCGGACGACGACGGCGACGGCGAGAAGGCGAAGGCCCGCCGCGCCGCGUCCGUCGCGAGAGAACGCCGCGACCGCGCGCACGCGUACCGCCGCGCGUUCUGCGGCGCGCUGUGCGGCGGCGGGUUGGGGUUGUCGACGCCGCCCGCGUCGUGGUCGUGGCACGAGGCGUUCGCGGCGCGGUCGACGCACGCGUUCGCGCGGCGCUGGAUCGCCGCGGAGGCGGCGUCGAGGGCGGGCGCGGCGGGGACGGAGACCGCGUCUGGCGGCGGCGACGGCGCGCUCGAGGAGGCGAAGGACGCGGUGUUUCGCGCGGCGCUUGACGCGUUUCGCGACGCGACGACCGCGGACGGGGCGCAGUGCGCGGCGAGGGCGCUGAGCUCGCCGGCGUUGUUGCGGCAAGACGAGAGCUCGAGCUCGAGCUCGAGCUCGAGCUCGACGGGGGGCGCGUUCGGAACCGGAACCGGGUUACGAGACGACGACGACGACGACGUCGAACGCGAUCCGAGACGCGCGGAGACCGCGACGGACGCGCUGCUCGAACGACUGGACGACGCGCGCGAACCGGACGGCUCGGAGCGCGGCGUCGCGUUCGCGCUCGGACUGUGCGUCGGCUCGUGCCGCGUCGGCGACGCUGAGAGACGCCGCGCGGUCGCGUCGCGCUUGAGUCGCCGCGCGUUCGACGCCGAGAGCUUCGCCCGCCACGGCGCCGCGGCGGUCGCCGCCGCGUGCGAAGCCCUCGGCGCGAUGCUCGUCCGCCUCGGCGGCGACGUCCGGCGCGACGGCGCGGGCGCGGGGGCGUGGCGCGUGGAGCUGCUCAGAGAGCACUCGCGCGCGUUCGUCGCGCGCGCCGUCGAAGCCGCGGCGCUGUCGCCGGAGGACGCGGACGACGUCUUCGGUGGUGCGUUCUAUCUCACACUGGUUCCCAUACGACCGCGUCGGCGUGGUGAACGCCGAUCCUUAAGGACUUUCGCCGUCGUCUCUCUCCGCCCAGGGUCCCUCGCUUUCAAUCCCGACACACCUCGACGCCUUUCAACGCCAACUGACGCCUUUGAACUCCACCCCGACGUUCGCUCGCGUGGACCUUCGACCCUAGGUCUUCGGUGGCGCGACGUCGACGCGAGCGACGGCGGCGGCGGCGCGUCCGGGAACGCCGACGCCGUCGCCGGGCUCGUCUCCGGGCUCGCGCUCACGGCGUGCGCGCUGGACGACGCGUCGCUCGACGACGCGUCGUCGCGGCUUCUGUGGUCGGGGAGCGGCGGCGGCGGCGAUCGAGCGACGAAGACGUCUUUGACGACGUCGCGGUCCGCGGCGCUGACCCGCGCGCUCGUCGAGCGGCUCGAAGCCGUCCGAGGCUCGUGUCCGCGCGUCGUCGCGUGCGGCUGCCUCGCCGGCGUCGCCGUCGCCGCGACCGCGGCGCUGUCCGCGAACGCGCGCGUCGACGCGCUCGUCCUCCGAGCGACGCGCGAGGCGACGCGUCGAUGCGAAUCAUUCGGAUCGUCGCUUGGAUCGUCUUCGCUUGGAUCGGACGACGACGUCGCGGUCGUCGUCGCCGCCGCGACCGCGGCGGGGUCGACGCUCGAGUCCGCGCUCGCCGCCGGCGUCGCGACGCCCAAGGCGCUCGCGCGCGACGUCGUGCGCGCGCUGACGUCGAUCGCGUCGUCGUCGUCGGCGGCGUCGAGCGCGCGCGCGGCGGCGGCGUGCGGGCUCGCGUCCGUCGUCGGCGCGGCGAGAGGGCUCCUCGCGGUCGAGGACGCGCGGUCGGUGUCGUCGCUCGCGCGCGGGGGCGACGAGAACGACGUGUAUACGACGCCGCUUCUGUGGGGCGCGCGCGACGGCGCGUCGCUCGCGCGCGACGUCAUGAAGACGUUGACGUCGCUCGCGUCCGCGGACGGCACGAGAGAGGCGAAAGAGCUCGACGGCGAUAGAGCAGCGAGCGCGAGCGUGAACGUGGAGGUGCGGGAGGUCGCCGCGUGGGGGUUAGCGUCCGCGUGCGAGCGCGCGAGACGCCGCGCCGCGGCGUCCGCGACGAAUGGGACGGGGGCGGGGAAGGACAAGGACGACGCGCUUGUCGUCGCGGGCGCGCUCGGCGUUCUCGCGCGCGCCGCGCUCUUCUCCUCCCCGAGCGCGGCGAGCGACGAUUCGGAUCCCGAACCGUCGCCGUCGCGGCGCGCCGCCGCCGCGCGCCGCGCGUCGAGGGCGCUGCGUGCGCUGUCGCGCGUCGAUCGCGUCCCCGCGGGGGAUUGGCCGGGCGCGCUGCGUCGGCUCGUCCGUCUCGCGCGCGGCGUCGGCGACGGCGACAGCUUUGGAAAAUCCGCGCGGAGCGCCGUCGAUCGUCGCGCUCGAGACGACCUCUACGACGCGUGCAUCGCUCUCGCGGUCGCGCACCCGGGCACCGCCGUCGGCGCGGGUCUUUUAGAGCGACUCCUCGGCGACGGCGGCGACGACGACGACGACGACGCGCGCGCGUGCGACGUCGACGUCGACGGCUGGUCGGGCGGCGACGUCACGGGAUCCCCCCCGCCGCUCGCCGCGCUCCCUCCGUCCGCGGUCUUGCGCGACCUCGGCGCGUGCGUCCGGUCGCUGCCGCGGUCCGCCGCGGUCGCGGCGCUGCGUCGGUGCGCGGACGUCGUCGCGAGGGCGUGCGUCGCGGCGGCGAGCGACGCUUCAGAUCCCGAACCGUCGCGGCGCGCCGCCGACGCCGCCGCCGCGGACGCCGCCGCGGACGCCACGGGCGCGCUCUGGACGUCCCUGUCGGACGCGUCCGCGCGCCUCCCGCGCGGUCCGUGGCCCGAGCGCGAGCUCGUGGACGCCGCGCGCGUCCUCGUCGGCGCGCUUCGCGACCCGCGCGGCGCGAUCAUCGACCACGCGGUGGCGCACGCGCCGAGGGUGGGCGGCGGCGGCGGCGGCGGCGGCGGCGGCGGCGGUGAGACUGCUCCCCAUACGACCCCGUUCGCGUGGUGCACGUCGUUCCUUAAGGUCUUUUCCCGUCGUCACUCUUCACCCCCGCUUCCCUUUCAACGUUUGACCGGCGGCGGCGGCGGGAGAUUCGCGUGGUCGACGCUCGCGGCGGGCGUCGAGCGCGCGUCGCCGGCGGCGGCGGAGGCGUUCCGCGCGCGUCUCGCCGCGACCGGCGCGCUCGCGUCGUCGGAACUCCCUCCUCUGAGCGCGUGGGGCGAAACGCGCGGCCGCGCGGCGCGGCUGCGGGCGUUCGCGUCGUCGCUGCGAGGCGCGAGCGUGGGGUUGCGCGCGCGGUGGCUCGAGGAAGCCGCGGCGGCGGCGGCGGCGGACGACGCCGUCGUCGCCGAGGACGGCGCGCGUUGUCUCGGCGUCCUCGCCGCCGCGUUCUGUCCCGCCGCGUCCGCGGUGCUUCGCGGCGACGAAGACGGCGACGGAGUGACGCACGGUUCCGUGGACGGGGAUCUGGACGCGCUGCCGUUCACGCUGCCGUCGCUGUCGUCGUCGUCGGCGGCGGCGGCGGCGGCGGGGGGCGACGCGGCGCUGUCGCGUCUUCUCGACGCCGCCGUGAACGCCGGCGGCGGGCUCGGGGCGAGGAGCGCGGCGAUCGCGCGCGCGACCGUGCGCGAGAUGCGCGCGAGGGUGCCGCGGGACGCGUGGGAGCGCAGCGCGUGGCGGCUGGAGUUGUGA